GUGAGAAAAGAUUGUUUUGGGGCCUAAUGUAAAUAUUUUGAAAGUUGAGGGGCUUAAAAGAGUAGAAAUUGGAUAAGGAUGGCUUAUUUCUUUUCUCCUUUUUCCUCUUUUUCUCCAGCCCGAUUCUGCUCUUCUUUCUUCCCGCUGCAGCCCGAAAAUCCCCCCCUCCAAGCCGCCAGCACCAGCUUUGAAAAAUUGGUGAGAAAGCUUGGAAUUUCUCCUCCUUUCUUGUCCAAGAACCUGAUUUGGAACCCAGAAAUCUUUCCCCCUGCUGGAAAUUCCAGAUCUGCCUUGCUCUGUUCGCCAGCUGCUCUUGUUGUGGGGGCAAAUUGCUUGGGUUUUGGAUUGCGUGAUUCUUCCCUGCAAUUGCCGCCGGCCUUCUCUUCCCCCUGUAGCUCCGGUUUUAGCUGGAAAAUUCUGGUUCCCGAUCGUUCUGCCAAUUAGCAUUGAGAUUGAGUGCUCGGUUUUAUGCGAGUGAGGUAAGUAAAUUUAUGGUAAUGCCCAUACUGUUUUAAAAGCAUGUUUUGAUUUGUUUUUGAAGUGGUGGCGGGGCUAAACCCGUUUUACACGAGCAUGACUGAUUUGAAGUGAAAUGUUUUAUGCUUUUCAUUAAAUUGAGCAUGCCUACUUGAAAUUUGAGUGACUGUCUUGAUGAUUUGAAAGUGAUUGUGAAUGAUGAUUUUUCUGUUAACUUUUGCCUGUUUUGUCUCCGAUAUGGUCAUGUAUUCGUGUGCCCGCUAGUGGGAGGUUUAUAAACGCUAGCACACGUCGACAUGUUACUGAUAGAACCGGUUCGUUUCUGUAACCCUACUAGUGGGGGUUAAACACUAGUAAUUCCUGUUUGCCUGCCAGUGGGAACUGGCCAUGACUAAUAGAGGAGACGUCUAUUUCGUGCCCGUACUGUAUCUGUUUUCGUGAUUGUACUUGUUGGCAUGCUUUAAGUUUGAUAAGGGGCACUCCAUAUUUACUUACUGAGUUUAUCUCAUAGUUUUUCCUUGUCCACCAUUUCAGGAUGUGAAACCGAGGACGGGGAAACCAUGGGAAGUGACGAGUUAGAAGGCUAGCCAUAUUGUAAUUGGAUAUAAAUGUUAGAUAUGAAUCAUGAUCUUGUAUUUGGAGAUUUUAUGAUAUCAGAGAGAUUUUAAGAUUUGAUCUUCAGAUUUUGGUGGUAUCAGAUGUGAAUUUGAU